AUGAUCUCGUCUUUGGCCGAUGUUGCACGAGAGUGUUAUGUGGCCAGCACAAUGACCAACCCGGACUACUGGCAGUACUAUUACAGACCUGUCAAAGGGCAGUACUAUUGCAGACCUGUCAAAGGGCAGUACUAUUGCAGAUCUGUCAAAUGGCAGUACUAUUGCAGACCUGUCAAAUGGCAGUACUAUUACAGACCUGUCAAAGGGCAGUACUAUUGCAGACCUGUCAAAGGGCAGUACUAUUGCAGACCUGUCAAAGGGCAGUACUAUUGCAGAUCUGUCAAAUGGCAGUACUAUUGCAGACCUGUCAAAUGGCAGUACUAUUACAGACCUGUCAAAGGGCAGUACUAUUACAGACCUGUCAAAGGGCAGUACUAUUGCAGACCUGUCAAAGGGCAGUACUAUUGCAGAUCUGUCAAAUGGCAGUACUAUUGCAGACCUGUCAAAUGGCAGUACUAUUACAGACCUGUCAAAGGGCAGUACUAUUGCAGACCUGUCAAAGGGCAGUACUAUUGCAGACCUGUCAAAGGGCAGUACUAUUGCAGAUCUGUCAAAUGGCAGUACUAUUGCAGACCUGUCAAAUGGCAGUACUAUUACAGACCUGUCAAAGGGCAGUACUAUUACAGACCUGUCAAAGGGCAGUACUAUUGCAGACCUGUCAAAGGGCAGUACUAUUGCAGAUCUGUCAAAUGGCAGUACUAUUGCAGACCUGUCAAAUGGCAGUACUAUUACAGACCUGUCAAAGGGCAGUACUAUUGCAGACCUGUCAAAGGGCAGUACUAUUGCAGAUCUGUCAAAGGGCAGUACUAUUGCAGACCUGUCAAAUGGCAGUACUAUUGCAGACCUGUCAAAGGGCAGUACUAUUACAGACCUGUCAAAGGGCAGUACUAUUGCAGACCUGUCAAAGGGCAGUACUAUUGCAGACCUGUCAAAUGGCAGUACUAUUGCAGACCUGUCAAAGGGCAGUACUAUUACAGACCUGUCAAAGGGCAGUACUAUUGCAGACCUGUCAAAGGGCAGUACUAUUGCAGAUCUGUCAAAGGGCAGUACUAUUGCAGACCUGUCAAAUGGCAGUACUAUUGCAGACCUGUCACACUGUCAUAA